GGACUGGAUGGACGCCAUCCAUCCAUCCAAAUCCACUACAGAAACGCUUGUGGUGUCUUGGAUACUUCUCCCUGAUAAAACGAAAAGAGGGACCUGAACCUGAACCAGAACCGACUAACCGUUGACCUGUCUUUCCCAUAGACGAUUGCACAGUAAUCCAAGCCUGCAAUAUGACACGGCAUGCUCGCAACUGCACUGCCGGCGCUGUCUACACUUACCACGAGAAACAGAAAGACACCAGAACGUGUGGUUAUGGCACGCAAAGCAUGCGCUUGGGAAAGGAUGCUGUUAAGGACUACGACUGCUGUUGCCUGUCCUUGCAGCCGUGUCGCAACCCUGUCAUAACGCCCGAUGGGUUCUUAUACGACAAAGAAGCCAUACUAGAGUACAUCAUUCGUCAGAAGACGGAGAAUGCUCGUUUGCUCAAAGAAUAUGAAGCACAGAAGAAGAAAGAAGAGAAAGAAUUACAACAACUGGCCGCUGCCGAGCAGCGUUCCAAAGCAGAAGCAUUCCUCAAGACGGAAGAUAAUAUUGUUCCAUCAACGUCCUCCAGUGGUAAGCAACUGCAGAGUGGCUCUUCCCAGACGGAUAGCAAAUUGCCCAGUUUCUGGGUUCCUUCUCUUACACCUAGUGCAGAAAAGAGAAAGAAGGAAAAGCCAGGUGAUGUUGUGCUGUGCCCCAUGAGUGGGAAUCCAAUCAAGGCCAAACAUCUGUUUCCCAUAAAGUUCACACCCGUUAAUGAUCCUGAUGACAAGGCAGCCCUCAUUAACAGAAAGGCGAGGUACAUGUGUGCAGUCACCCACGAUGUGCUCAGCAACUCUGUACCAUGUGCCGUGCUCAAGACCUCAGGAAAUGUGGUUACCAUGGAAUGUGUGGAAAAACUCAUCAAGAAGGAAUGGUUAGAUCCGACCAAUGGGAAGAGUGUUACGGAAAAGGACAUAAUUCCCUUACAAAGGGGUGGUACAGGCUAUGCCAGCACAAAUGCAAAACUCAACGCCAAAGUGCAGAAGCCAGUGAUGACGGUGUGACAAACUUUCCUAAAGCGCGCAAAAUUAUUCCCCAGACACAAUCCGUUUCAACGAGUUGAUGGUCGAAAUAUUUAUGAAACACAAAAACAUUGCUGCGGUAUUGUUGUUCCAGACUAAAUAAAUGUUGGCACAAUAUGGUGGCACUAGAGAAGGCACAUGUGCUGCCCAAAGGAAGUGAAUUAAGUAACAUAAUGCAUCUUAGCAGAUGUCUUUUAGGAGUCCUGGGCACAUAACCUGGAUUGUGAGUAAAAUCCAAGGAUCAGUCAAAUUCAUUUAUAAUGAAACUGUGGAGAAAAGUACCAUGUUCACGUAGUAGAAAAUCGCGGCCUUAUUUAGUGUCAAUUCACUAUAAUGAGAAAAUUAAAAAGAUUAGAAACUGCAA